GUCCGGUUGAGUGUUUUCCGCUGAUGUGUGCAUCAGAGAAGGGAGAUGAAGCCUAUAUAUUCGGGGAGGAUCAGAGUUUAGGGACAAAGCUCUCGGAACCAGCUGUGAAACAACCCGACAUCUCAACUCAAGAGGUCUCAGCAAAAACCACCAUGGAAGCUGCCAUCUGCACCAUUGUCACCCAGUUCAAGACGUACGCCGGGAAGGAUGGGUCCACCAGCACCCUGAGCAAAGACGAAUUCCAACACCUGGUCAUCUCCCAGUUGCCAAACUAUGUCAAGAACGCCAGCGACCCCGGGGCCAUCGAGCAGCUCAUGGGCUCGCUGGACGAAAACAACGACGGAGAGCUGAGUUUCUCAGAGUUCUGGCAGCUGAUUGGAAAGCUGGCGAGCAAACAGGGCGGCUUCAGUCAGUAGUGAGCCCGCCUCCGUCCGUUGAGUGUGGGCUUUGGGAGGAUUGUGCAACACCGACGAAGCCCACAUUGAAGCUGUCAAACUGUAAAAUCAAAUGUAUUUGAAUGCUUUCAUCGCCCCACUAGUGCUUGAAUUAAAGGCUUCAUUGUCUCCAACCCACAGCCAC